AUGGAGGACAUCAAGCGUGUCAUCAGCUUCGAUAGUGUCGAGGAAUUCUGGGGCUUGUACAAUAACAUUAUACCACCGUCUCAAUUGCCGCAAAAGGCUAACUACUAUCUGUUCAAGGAGGGGAUUAUUCCCGCAUGGGAAGACGAGGCGAACAAGAAUGGAGGGAAAUGGAGCAUUCAAUUGCCUAAAGACAAAAAUCGUCCCAACGUUGACAAGAUGUGGCUGUAUACCAUGCUUGCUGCAAUAGGCGAAACGUUUGAUCCGUCACCCACAGAUUCGGAGAAUGGGUCGCAGUCAUUGAUUACGGGGGUGAUCGUGUCUACGCGUCCGCAGUUUUAUCGACUGUCGAUAUGGACGCGCCUUGCACCUGGUGCCGACGAAGAUGGGUUACGGGAGAGAAUUGAGGGGGUUGGAAAAUACUUCAAAAUCAGUGUAUUGGGAUACCCCGAGGGCGCGAAGCUUGCUGGGCCACUGGCGACGGAGGUCGAGUUCCUGUCGCACAAGGACUCGGAGAAAAAGGGCAAGCCAAAGAAGAUUGUUGUUUGA